CAUUCUCAGCCACCACCACCACCACCACCACCACAACAACAGCAGCAGCACAGUCAUGACGCGGGACCCGUUAGAGCUUGCCGACGGCAGCUCACCUGACCACCAGCAACACAACACAAGUUAUCGGGCCCGACCUGACGAUGGCUGAGUCACCCGCUCUGGGAUGAACCCGCCCGCGGCAUCGGACCAUCUCCCCAUCCGGGGCCGACGCAUCACAUGAUCGGCCAGUGCCGUGCCAACCACUUCCCAUUCAAUGUCGUCAUUGGUCUCGACAGCAGUGGGAAGUUAGGUAAUCCAGCACGAAAGUACCACCAGCCCAAAGUACUACAAGUACCUGAGCAAAGCUCGCCUCACGCUGCAUCGUCUCAUGUACCUUGUCUUGUCACUAUCACCAUCUGACACAUCCUCCUCCAACCGAUAACUUCCUUCCAUCUUCCACCCCCUCCUCACUCCUCACAUCCCCAACCACUUCCCGCUCAGCCCAACUCAAUCACCAUGCUCCGCCAAUCCAUCACCAAGCCUCUCACCAGCACUGUCAUCAGCCGCUCCUUCUCUGCUCUUACCCCCAGAAUGGGUGCAGGUGAUACCGGUGCUCCCCGCGCUGGCGGCGUUCAGUCAGGUGACUCUUUCACCAAGCGUGAAGCCGCCCAGGAAGGUCGUUACAUCCACGAGAAGGAAUUGGAGAAGCUCCAGAAGCUAAAAGCGAGCAUCAAGGCUCAGCGUGAACACCUUGACAAGCUCGACGAGCACAUCGACGAGAUCACCAAGGAGCAGGGCGGCGAGCAGAACUAGAUUUGCGUGCACAGCACACCCCCCAAUACCCCAACAUCCUCUAUAUCUUCGAAGUUGACCUCUCAGCUCGGUCUACUACAUAAGCCUCUUGCUUCUUCUUUUUGUUUCGUUCUUAUUAUAUCCCCGCGAACGUGUCACACUCCUCUCUCUAUCCUUGCUUCGUAAAUCGGAGCGAUAUUUGACGAAUAUGACUUGUAUGUUGAUGUGAUGGUCAUGCUUUUUUGAUAUUAGCAUGCCGUGCAGCU